UCUUGUCCUUACAGCACUCUCAAAAGAUUUUCUAUUUUUUCCUCUUCGUUUUAUCCAGUGCUUCCUCGUGAAAUGGCACUAAAGGAAAACAUCCUACCGAUUAGUGAGAUGUCGAGUCCUUUCCCAGCAGUGGUGGAGCUCAACGUGGGAGGACAGGUGUAUGUAACGAAACAUUCGACUCUUGUCAGCAUUCCUGAUACAAUUCUGCACAGCAUGUUCACCAAAAAACAAGUAAAAGACUUACCCCGGGACAACAGGGGCCGUUUCUUCAUAGACCGUGAUGGUUUCCUCUUCAGAUAUGUUUUGGAUUUUCUCAGGGACAAACAGCUUGUGUUGCCUGACCACUUCCCUGAAAAGGAAAGGUUGCUACGAGAGGCAGAGCAUUUCCAGCUAAAUGAUCUGUUGAAGCUGCUGACACCUAAGGUUACCAAACAGAGUUCGAUGAAUGAUGAGGGAUGCCAGAGUGACAUUGAAGAAAACUCCCAAAGCAGUGACCUGGCCAGGACUAUGGCAUUAGAUAAGAAGUCAGGAUUUAUUACUAUAGGUUACAGGGGCUCUUAUACCAUGGUUAGAGACAACCAGACAGAUGCCAAAUUCCGCAGGGUGGCCAGAAUCAUGGUGUGUGGCCGAAUAGCCCUGGCUAAAGAAGUCUUUGGAGAAACUUUGAAUGAAAGCAGAGACCCUGAUCGACUGCCUGAGAAGUAUACAUCCCGGUUUUAUUUGAAAUUUACCUACCUUGAGCAGGCUUUUGACAGGCUGUCUGAAGCUGGAUUUCACAUGGUUGCUUGUAAUUCCACAGGAACCGCUGCCUUCAUCAACAAGUAUAGGGAUGAUAAAAUCUGGAGCAGUUAUACGGAAUACAUCUUUUUCAGACCAGCCCUGAAGACAGUAUCUCCAAAGCAGGAAUGCGAGGAAAGGAAGCAUGAGAUUCUGCCAGACAAGGAAAGUGAAAGUGGAACUUCCCUGAAUGAGCUUUCCUCCUCCAGUUCUGAGACCCAUUCGGAGAUCACAACACCACAUGAUGGAAGCACCAGUGCCCUAGUUCAGUCUACCUUACGUCAGCCAAGGACACUUACUUUGGACAGACCAUCAAAAAGGGUCUCUGUGCAGUGGGUGCAGCUCCCAGAGAAGCGCAGGAACAGCGAGCUCUUCCAGUCAUUAAUUAGCAACCCUCGAGAGACCAAUCUAAACAAAAAGAAAGUAACAGAAAUGCUGAGUGUGAAAGAAGAAAUGAAACAGUGCAUUCAGGAUUUUCAAAAAAUUAAAAUACCAGAAAAAUUUCCAGAACGCAAAUGUCAGUGGCAAUCUGAACUGCUCCAAAAGUAUGGACUAUAAGUCAUUUUCCUGACCUGAGUUAUGACACACUUAGAUUGUUGUACUCAUCUUAUAGAUCCAGUCAUCUUAUAGAUCCAGUCCACAUGUAUUUAUUUCUGAGAUAGUUUCAAAACAUAACAGGCUUUCUUCAAAAAGUAUAACAUUUGGCAAUUCUAAAACAGUCACUUCUGAUAUUCAAAACCUAACUUGUUAUUGACUAAAGUUUUGGUAUUAAAAACCAUGUGCCUCUGUAAAUACAAUUUGGACCUUCAUAAAAACAACAAAACUAAGGCAGAAAGCCACCAAAUAAUUUCAACAUGUUUUUUCUUCAAACUGUUGUAAUUAAUCUUUAUGUAAUUGCAUGAAUGGCACAAAUAAUGAAACAUUUCAGAUUGAUAAGUAAAGACAUUUAUCAACACAUACAAUGUG